UUCCGCGGCUCCCUGAGGGAAUUUUGAGGAGCAGGAGGGGAGCCCAAGGCUACCCUCACCCGAACCCCGAUGCUACCAAGGUUUCAUGACCCUUGUUCACCCACGGAAUCUGUGCCCUAAAGGUUCUGCCGUCCCCCGCCGCGCGCUGCAGGACUAGGAGCCAGCCCUGCGCUGCGCUUCCAGCUGCGUCUGCCCGAGCGCGGCACGUGCUCCCGGCGCUGGCGCGAGAGAGCGAGCGCCACCGCCGCGGGCCCCGCAGCCGUUCUGCCUGCUGCCACCACUGCCUCCAUCGCCGACACUAGCGCUCCAGCAGCAGCCAAGGCCGCUAGGAGAGCGCAGGGAGCCAGCGAAGAGCGUCUGGCCGGGGGCGCAAGGCUCAGGGCGCGCACCUGGUUUUGAAGAUCAUGAUCUCAUGUAUGCAUUUAAUUAAAUGGCACCUGGGGACAUGUUGGUCCUUUAGAGAACACAUCUGAAUUGCUGCCUGAUUUCUUCGUUUGAAAUUUAAGAUAGGACACUGUUUGAUUCUGCCAGAACUCUCCUAAUUUUUCCCCACCAUGCUGUCUUCAUUAGCUUGAACUCUUUUCCUAAAAUGGUCCUUCUGUUGAUCCUGUCAGUCCUGCUUUUGAAAGAAGAUGUCCGUGGGAGUGCGCAGUCCAGCGAGAGGAGGGUGGUGGCUCACAUGCCAGGUGACAUCAUUAUUGGAGCUCUCUUUUCUGUCCACCACCAACCUACUGUGGACAAAGUUCAUGAGAGGAAGUGUGGAGCAGUUCGUGAACAGUAUGGCAUUCAGAGAGUGGAAGCCAUGCUGCACACCCUGGAAAGGAUCAACUCAGACCCAACACUCUUGCCCAAUAUCACACUGGGUUGUGAAAUAAGAGAUUCCUGCUGGCAUUCAGCUGUGGCCCUAGAGCAGAGCAUUGAAUUCAUAAGAGAUUCCCUCAUUUCUUCAGAAGAGGAAGAGGGCUUGGUACGGUGUGUAGAUGGCUCUUCCUCCUCUUUCCGCUCCAAGAAGCCUAUAGUAGGGGUCAUUGGCCCUGGCUCCAGUUCUGUGGCCAUUCAGGUCCAGAACUUGCUCCAGCUUUUCAACAUACCUCAGAUUGCUUACUCAGCAACCAGCAUGGAUCUGAGUGACAAGACUCUAUUCAAGUACUUCAUGAGGGUUGUGCCUUCUGAUGCUCAACAGGCACGGGCCAUGGUGGACAUAGUGAAGAGAUACAACUGGACAUAUGUGUCAGCUGUGCACACAGAAGGCAACUAUGGAGAAAGUGGGAUGGAGGCUUUCAAAGAUAUGUCAGCCAAGGAAGGGAUUUGCAUCGCCCACUCCUACAAAAUCUACAGCAACGCAGGGGAGCAGAGUUUUGAUAAACUGCUGAAGAAGCUCACAAGUCACUUGCCUAAGGCCCGGGUGGUGGCUUGCUUCUGUGAGGGCAUGACAGUGAGAGGUCUGCUGAUGGCCAUGAGGCGCCUGGGUCUGGCAGGAGAAUUUCUACUUCUGGGCAGUGAUGGCUGGGCUGACAGGUAUGACGUGACAGAUGGGUAUCAGCGAGAAGCUGUUGGUGGAAUCACAAUCAAGCUCCAGUCUCCUGAUGUCAAGUGGUUUGAUGAUUAUUACCUGAAGCUGCGACCAGAAACAAACCUCCGAAACCCUUGGUUUCAAGAAUUUUGGCAGCAUCGGUUUCAGUGCCGUCUGGAAGGGUUUGCACAGGAGAACAGCAAAUACAACAAGACUUGCAAUAGUUCUCUGACUCUGAGAACACAUCAUGUUCAAGACUCCAAGAUGGGAUUUGUGAUCAACGCAAUCUAUUCCAUGGCCUAUGGGCUCCACAACAUGCAGAUGUCCCUCUGUCCAGGCUAUGCAGGACUCUGUGAUGCAAUGAAGCCGAUUGAUGGACGGAAACUUUUGGAUUCCCUGAUGAAAACCAACUUUACUGGGGUUUCUGGAGAUAUGAUCCUAUUUGAUGAAAAUGGAGAUUCUCCAGGAAGGUAUGAAAUAAUGAAUUUCAAGGAAAUGGGAAAAGAUUAUUUUGAUUACAUCAAUGUUGGAAGUUGGGACAAUGGAGAAUUAAAAAUGGAUGAUGAUGAAGUGUGGUCCAAGAAAAAUAGCAUCAUCAGAUCAGUGUGCAGUGAACCAUGUGAGAAAGGCCAGAUAAAGGUGAUCCGGAAGGGAGAAGUCAGCUGUUGUUGGACCUGUACACCUUGUAAAGAGAAUGAGUAUGUCUUUGAUGAGUACACCUGCAAGGCAUGCCAGCUAGGAUCCUGGCCCACUGAUGACCUGACAGGUUGUGAUUUGAUCCCAGUACAGUAUCUUCGCUGGGGUGACCCUGAGCCCAUUGCAGCUGUGGUGUUUGCCUGCCUCGGCCUGCUGGCCACCCUGUUUGUUACUGCAGUCUUCAUCAUUUACCGUGAUACACCAGUAGUUAAAUCCUCCAGCAGGGAACUCUGCUACAUCAUUCUUGCUGGCAUCUGCCUGGGCUACUUAUGUACCUUCUGCCUCAUUGCAAAGCCCAAACAGAUUUAUUGCUACCUUCAGAGAAUUGGCAUUGGUCUCUCUCCAGCCAUGAGCUAUUCAGCCCUUGUAACCAAGACCAACCGUAUUGCAAGGAUCCUGGCCGGAAGCAAGAAGAAGAUCUGCACCAAAAAGCCCAGAUUCAUGAGUGCCUGUGCCCAGCUAGUGAUUGCUUUCAUUCUCAUAUGCAUCCAGUUGGGCAUCAUCGUCGCCCUCUUUAUCAUGGAGCCUCCUGAUAUAAUGCACGACUACCCAAGCAUUCGAGAAGUCUAUCUGAUUUGUAAUACUACCAACCUAGGAGUUGUCACUCCACUCGGAUACAAUGGAUUGUUGAUAUUGAGCUGCACUUUCUAUGCGUUCAAGACCAGAAAUGUUCCGGCUAAUUUCAAUGAGGCCAAGUAUAUUGCCUUCACAAUGUACACCACCUGCAUUAUAUGGCUGGCUUUUGUGCCAAUCUACUUUGGCAGCAACUACAAAAUCAUCACCAUGUGUUUCUCAGUCAGCCUGAGUGCCACAGUGGCCUUAGGCUGCAUGUUUGUGCCAAAGGUGUAUAUCAUCCUGGCUAAACCAGAGAGAAAUGUGCGCAGUGCAUUCACCACAUCUACUGUGGUACGCAUGCAUGUAGGGGAUGGCAAGUCUUCCUCCGCAGCCAGCAGAUCCAGCAGCCUAGUCAACCUGUGGAAGAGGAGGGGCUCCUCUGGGGAAACCCUAAGGUACAAAGACAGGAGACUGGCCCAGCACAAGUCGGAAAUAGAAUGUUUCACCCCCAAAGGGAGUAUGGGGAAUGGUGGGAGAGCAACAAUGAGCAGCUCCAACGGGAAAUCCGUCACCUGGGCCCAGAACGAGAGGAGCAGCCGAGGGCAGCACCUGUGGCAGCGGCUGUCUAUCCACAUCAACAAGAAAGAGAACCCCAACCAAACGGCUGUCAUCAAGCCUUUCCCCAAGAGCACCGACAGCCGCGGCGCCCUGGCCGCGGGCGCGGGGAGCGCGGGCCCAGGGGCCGCGGGGGCCCCGGGCAGCACGGGCUGCCCCGGCGGCGCCGCUCCCGGCGGGCCGGAGCCUCCGGACGCCGGCCCCAAGGCGCUGUACGACGUGGCGGAAGCCGAGGAGCAGCUGCCGGCGCCAGCGCGGCCGCGCUCGCCGUCGCCCAUCAGCACGCUAAGUCGGCGCGCGGGCUCGGCCAGCCGCACGGACGACGACGUGCCCUCGCUGCGCUCGGAGCCCGCGGCGCGCAGCAGCUCGUCGCAGGGCUCGCUCAUGGAGCAGAUCAGCAGCGUGGUGACGCGCUUCACGGCCAACAUCAGCGAGCUCAACUCCAUGAUGCUGUCCACCGCCGCUCCGGGCCCCGGCGUGGGCGCCCCGCUCUGCUCCUCCUACCUGAUCCCCAAAGAGAUCCAGCUGCCCACGACCAUGACGACGUUCGCCGAAAUCCAGCCGCUGCCGGCCAUCGAGGUCACGGGCGGCCCGCAGCCCGCGGCGGGGGCCCCGCCGGCCGGGGGUGGCGCUGCGCGGGAGAGCCCGGCGGCCGGGCCCGAGGCUGCGGCCGGCAAGCCGGACCUGGAGGAGCUGGUGGCACUCACGCCGCCGUCCCCCUUCAGAGACUCGGUGGACUCCGGGAGCGCAAGCCCCAACUCGCCUGUUUCCGAGUCGGCGCUGUGCAUCCCAUCGUCGCCCAAAUAUGACACUCUGAUCAUUAGAGAUUACACUCAGAGCUCCUCGUCGUUGUGAAGGUCCCUGGAACCCACGCGGCUUCCUUCCAGGGGUUCCUGCGCGCACAGGCGCCCAUCAAGGCCGAGGUGGAAGACGCCAAGUACACCCGCAGUGGAACCACGAGAUUCAUAGUGCUAUUUCACCACUACUGACCGAGACACCGACCACGAAUCUUUGGGCAGAUUUUCUGCUAGUGGCCUUAGAAAACAUGGGCUUUUAAGAAACACUGCUUCGACUCUUGAGGGCUGACAAGGAGUCUGUGAAAACAGCUACGUACCAAGUGCUUUGCUCUAGGAAGGCAGUGAGUGAAACAGCAUCGUGGAGGGCGAAAAGGCGCAGUUAAUAAGCAACUGUAAAAAGUUUUAUUUGUUUACUUUGAUCUUUUUCCCAGAAGAGUCUUUGAUUCACCAAACAUGAAUGUACAUUUUCUAACGAACUAAACGUCUGGGACCAAAACAUCAACCUUUCUCUUUUUUUUCUUUCUUUUCAUUUUUUCAUUUUUUCCCCAUUUCCUGUAAUGACCUUGAAAAGCAGUGACUUGGGCACAGUAUGCGUUGUUGUGAGUCCCAUUCAUAACACACGACUGGAUAGAGAGUGCUGCGCUAAUGUGCCACAGGGCUCCUACCAGACUUUCCUCUCCAAUUUGGUUGUGAAAUAUUCUUCCAAAAACCUGCAUCUGGGAUUCCACCUAGUUAUUUCAGAUUCACCUCCAUCAACCAAGAAAACCAAUGGAAGAUUUCUUGACUAUUUCACCAUGUUGCCAAUCAAUAAUGGAGUAGCAAAAAAAAAAAAAAAAAUAUUUUCUGGAACACUGUUUUGUAAUUCCCUCACUGGGGUGCAUUGUGUAGCUAGAAAUUCUCUUUAUAAUAAGUCUUGAGCUCAAGCCCUGCUAUCUCUUUCGUGAAACACAGCCACUCCUAAUGAAUGCUGUUCCGUUAGUAUCGCCAGCUAAAACAUUAAAAUAUGUGUCUGGGCUUCUUCAUUCCUUUCUUUUGAGAAGCUGAUGCACAAAGAGCUCCUCUGUCCCUUUUGAGUCCCACCACCGGAAGAGUGAUCCGUAGACCCAAGAAAGACAUUGUCACAAUCAGAGGGACUGUUGAAAAAAAAAAUCAACACCAUCUUAAUACACUGGAAAUUCUAAACUGCAUCAAGUUGGCUUAGCAGAGAUUCAGCUAUGCCAGUGAGCAGUGGUUUUAACUUUCCUUGGCUGCUUCAAUAGGGCAGCUAUGAACUAUGACAGAUUUUUCAAAGCAAUACAGAAUAUUGAAACAGAGGAACCUUAAUAAAUAUUAACCAUACAGUCUUUCUUAGCCAUUCCAAAAAAGAGGCAAAGCAAGUAUUAAUAUUUUCCUUUUUAAAAUAAUUAAUAUGAAUUUGUGCACUUCAUAUUGUCAUUGUUUAAAUACUGCAGAAAAGAGGUUUAGUUACAAUAGAUACACCUGUGCUUUGAUGGAUUCAUAUAGGUAGACUUCAUAGCUCUACUGUCAUCUCUCCGUCCCAUUGCAGCUACCCUCAGGUACCAAAUGUGUCCAAUUCUUAAAUAAGUAUAGUAAUAAAAGGAGGAGGUGUCCUAUGGAGUUCAGUUGACCCAGCCUUAUACUAAAGAUAGCCUUAUGAAAAAGAUUUGCUGUGAGGCACAAGUAUAUUUUUGGCAGAGAGAAAAAUAAAUCUUUUUUUUCUUUUGCUCAGUACCUUAUUUUGGUAAGUAUUUUUUUAUUUCACAUUUAUUCAAAAAGUAAUUGAAAAAGGGAAGUCUAUCCAUUGGCAAAAAUAAUCAUUCUCUACUUGUAGAGAAUACAUUGCUUGUUGAUAGACUCUUUUUCUGGUUUCUUUUUUGAAAAUUUAACACAAAUCUUUCAAAAUAAAGCAUUAGAAACUAACAUUAAUUUACUAAUAGUAAUAGUAAUUUAAAAGAAAUCAAACUUCCCAUGUCAGAUUUGAAAAUAACAUUAUCUUGCCACCUUGAUCUCAAGGAGUCUCUUGGAAUAGAAGUGAGAUCUAACUACACUUCAUUGUUUGCUGAAAACAAAUGUCUGCCUCUACCAAAAAACAAAUGUAAGUAUUUAGUACUCCUGGAUCCUCAUCAAAAAAUGUGUUGUUCACCUGGGGAUUACUGUCUUGAUUUCAUAUGUACUGAUACUUUUCUAAAUAUACUCUAUAAAUUUUAAACUUUGAUUCAUAAAAUCUUUAAGUUUGAUUUUCAUUUUAUUCUGAAAUACAGUGAAUUGUACUCUGUUGAUCAAUAGAACAUUUUUAACUUUCACCAUUAUCAAAUUCUCUAAUUUUCUAGUACGUUAUUUCCUUAAAAUGUACACUAUCUUGUGUGAGACAUCAUUAGAAAUUAAAAUGUAAUGCAAGCAAAUUGCCAACUGAUAAUUCCAUAUGACAUCAUAAUCUAACUGUAAUAAUACAAAUGACUUAUCCAAUUAGAGAACAAGAUGUAUUUUCCUUUCUAUUUCUGUAAACUUUGCCACUUCAUUGAAUAUACUGUAUAUUGGACAUAAUGUUAUUACUAAUGCAUUCUUGAGAUCUUUUAUUUUGGAAUGAUGCUAACUCUGUCUCUUUGCCAAUUCUAAUACCAGGUUCCAAAUAGUAACUCUACAAUAAAGAACUGAAUAUUCAUUCUAGGGCUGGAAUGUGAACUUCACAAUUCAUUUGGGUACCUAUUCUCAUUUAAUUUCCUUGAAAGGAGUCUGUUCCUGGUGCCCAGUGAUAAUUCAGUUGGGACCAGCAGUGACUAAAAGGAAGGGCAAAGUACAGAGAAAUGCUAAGGCUCAGCAAAGUGACCCAAAAGGAGAGUUUGAUUCCAGGAUGAAAAAGAGAAGAUCUGGUUUGAUUGCAUUAUCCUGACCAUUCUAAGCAGUUCAUGCGUCCUUCUAUUUUGGGAGAAGAGUGAGGUCAGCCUGAGAAGACCAACCAAGUCUGAACUGGGAAGAAUCAUCUUUCUGGGCUAGGGGUGGGGAGCUGAAAGAAAGUAUGGAAAGGAAAAACCCUAAAAUAUUUGACUGAUGGAAGGAAAAAAGUGCAUCCCCAAAUGUGCUAAUCCUUGAAAGCAACAGUCUUUCCCAAACUGUGUUACCAGCAAGGGAUCAGGAAGACUAGGAGCUAUUUCUGACUGCAACUGAAUUGUGUAAUGUCUCUGCUACAGUUCUGUGACUUCCAAACCAGGAAUUAAACACUCUUUUUUAAAAAGAAAGAAAAAAAAAACACAUUUCCUACACUAGUCUCCCAGCAAAAUGUACAUGUUUUGGAGUCGUCAAAGGUAUUAUCUGAAUUCAUAUUUAGCUACAGCUUAUUAAUAACCCUCAAGCUGUCAGAAUCUCUAUAGUUACCAUUUACAAUUUUAUACUGUGAAAAAAUAUAGAUCAGUGAAAGCAUAAAGAUAAAUCAGAAUUCACUAUGAUAGAAAGUCUGAGGCCUGGGAGAUUUUCUACUGUCUAUUGAAGAAUGAGGCAUGUAUAAAAUAGUUGGUUGGAUUUCACUGAUCUUCCCAAUGUGAACAAAUAUACUAUGUAUAUUGUGUGUGUUUCUAGAAUUCAAUGGCAGCUGCUGGUGGUGUUGUAAUUAGAAAUCUAUAUAGAAUAUAGAUGUUUUAGAGAGAUGGUGCCAAUCCUAAAAGAUUUGUGUGGGCUAUAAGUGCUUGUACUUACUUUUUCUGCACUUACAACUUAUUUGAUUUUAAAACUGUGUGCGCAUAUUUGUUCUUUUUCUGUUGUUGCAGCUUGUACUAUUAAAAUAAUAGAGAAUGUUAAAUUAUUUUGAUGUGAAUUGCAAAUGAUUUUUUUCAUAAAGUUUAACAUUUUUAUCAACCUUGUUUCACUUUGUACUUGUAUAAAUGUGUUUUAUUUUAGCAUUUUAAAAUAUACUUGCCUGUUUCUCAGUUGUCUAAAUCAUGUUCUAGUUGGUGUUUGUGAAGUCAGUUAUUUUUUUGAAAAAUAUUAAAAAAACAAACUAUGAUAUGACUUUAAGAUUAUUCCCCUCAGAUGCUUAGAAUGUUGUCUUAGUAGUUUUCUAAUAUGAAAGGAGCCAUGCUAUUAAUUAGUAUUAAAUUCUGAAUGAUGUACACAUUUGAAUUCCAGGGUUUACAAAGUAAGCAGUAGACAAUAGAUGAAAUCAGAGAUGCUGUCCCCAAAGACAACAAAAACACCUUUUAAAACAUACAUCAGUAAAUACAUUUUUUGAAAAAGGAUUGUAGGGAAUGUAUUUUGUUUUUUUGUCUAGAAAUAUACAUUAUAAAAUAAUUCCAUAACUAUUUGUGUUGAUAGAGGUAACAUCAAACAGAUAAAACACAUUGUUUGCAUGUGUAUAUGUUUGUGUUUCUAUAUGAACAACACACACAGUUACAUAGAUAUUAUACCUUUAGUCCACCUAUGUAUGUUUUUGUGUGUAUAUGUUUCAGAUAUUCAUAAAUGUGCAGAAGUAUGUAAUUUUUCCUGAAAAAAUUCACUUGUCCAACCACUUUUUAAAACUUUUUUUUUUUAAUUUGAAAGUCAGAGACAGAGAUCUUCCAUCCACUAGUUCAGUCCCCAAAAGCCCACCUAGAUUGCCUAUGUGGUUGGCAGGUAUCCAAAUAGUAGGCCAUACUUGCUGCCUCCCAAAGUACACAUUAGCAAUAAGCAGGGAAUCCAAAGUGGAACUGGAAUGCAAAGCUAAGCACUCUGAUCUAGGAUGCAUGCAUCUCAAGGAUGUUUAACAGCUAUACCGCAAGUCAGUCCAACAACUGCCCUUCAGAUCACUUCUUAACUUCUAUUGUUAAACAAAUUUGUCUUCCUUGAACAUAAAGUAGUAAACACCUAAAGGCAGACUAUAGAGUAGAUGUUUGAUGUAUGGAAGAGAAAGACAAUAUAGAUUUUAAAAUACACCUUUUCUGUGCUUCCUGACAUUGUAUUAGUUAGACUCAUAUGUAAAAUGUACACACAUUGCUCCUCCUUGUCAAAUUCCGCCCUUCAGUGUCUUCUAUACUGAAGUCAUAUGAAUGGGCAUUAUAUUUGA